AGUGGUUUGAGCAAAAUAUAAGGAGUAUCAUCAGAAACUUUUGACAAACAAAGUAUGGCAGAUUCUAACUGGAGAUACGUGACAUCUGCAAUCGACAAACUAACAUCGAUUAUGGAUAACUUUUUGAUGAACUGAACACUUUGAAAGGACGGUUCGAAAAUCUUCAAACAUUUGUGCCUCAUUCCACAAAAGUUAUGACUUGUUGGCAUUGCAAACGAACAGGACAUCGGAAAGCCUUUUGUAACUUAUACAAGGCAACACAUCACUUCUGCUCAAGAUGUAAUUUGACUGGACACCGUGAUAAAGACCACCCAACUACACCAGCUCCUACACCAGCUAAGCCAAAGGUGAAUUCUGUUUUUGUCCAAGCAAAUAUAAAACCUGUGAAGUGCCAUAAUAAGUAUGCUCAAGCUGCAACCGUUGACAUGGAUAUAUACACCAGAGUGAUGGCAGACUACAAAAGAAUCGAAAGUGAACUUUUCGGCCAGAAACAUGGAAAUGACAUUUACAGAGCAAAAAUCCAAACUCUACAGAGUGAAACAGCAGACCUCAAAUCGCGGAUCAAAUCCCAGAAGAAACAGAUCGUCUCAUUAGAGAAGGAAUUACACACAUCGCAGGCUGAAAUCAAUGCACUUUCAUCUCAGAAAAGUGAAUACUCCAAGCUGAUACAAAAACGAAAUGCUGAAUUAAAGGAGAAUAUCUCAAAGUCUGUGCCAAGUACAAUGAUUAUACCAGAUUAUGAGCACACAAGCCAUUCUAUUGAUUUUUGGAAACUGGGAUUCAAUAUUAUUGGGAUGGGUUCAAAUCCCAACAGUGCUAUUUCGAAUUCUAAACUGGAUCAGAUGGAUUUCAAUGUUAAAAUGGACAGGUGUUGAUUACCUGUUACCUCCAAUUGAUGACAAAUAUUUACAUACUGCAUCUACAUUUAUACUCAUUUGUGGUGAUUAGCCUUAAUGGUGUUUAUCAAAUAUUAGCCUAAAUGGUGUUUAUCAAAUAUUAG